UGCCCAAAGUUUAGUACCAACUUGGGGCGUAAAAAAAAAAUCCCGAACUGGGACUGCUGUGAUUUCACAUUCGCGGCUACGGAGUCUUUAAGUUUCGGAAACGGAUACCUAAGCAUCGUUUUUGAUAAUUCAGUAAAUAAUAGUUUACGGACAUUUUGCGCGUUGGUGAAGUUACAAGAGUCUGUAGGUAUGCGCGUAACUACAUUUAUGAGUUGGCUGCGUCCUUUCGUAAUAGCCGAAUAAAGAAGCCUGUACUUCGCAGGAUUUAUUUAACUAGGUUAACACGGACGGUAAAAGGGUAGACCUGUCGAAUGAGCAUUUAAACAAUUGAAUUGCCUUUUAAAAGGUUUUUCCUGACAAUCGGCUGCUGUGAUUUCCAAUAUCGUGGAUUGAUAUUCUUUGUUCAACAACAAAAUAGAUUAUUGUAUUUUUUGAUCCAGGUUAGCCUAGCAACAUUUUCCGUGGCAAAACUUUUUUUACAGUCUUUGGAACUAUGGAUCCGAGCCAGCACAAUCCCCCUGCCGGCCACCAAAUCGUCCAUGUUCGGGGUGAUUCCGAGACUGAUUUGGAGGCUCUUUUCAAUGCAGUAAUGAACCCGAAAAAUACGAUUUUACCCCCCUCUGUCCCCAUGAGGAUGAGGAAACUGCCGGACUCCUUCUUCAAGCCUCCAGAGCCCAAGUCUCACUCCAGACAAGCUAGUACGGAUGCAGGGACAGCAGGCACCCUCACCCCACAGCAUGUCCGGGCACACUCCUCCCCCGCCUCGCUCCAGUUGGGCACCGUAUCUCCUGGCGGUCUCAGUGGCAUGGCCCCAGCAGGGACCCCCCCACAGCAUCUUCGCCAGUCUUCCUACGAGUUCCCAGAUGACAUGCCCCUGCCCCCUGGCUGGGAGAUGGCUAAGACUGCUUCAGGACAGAGAUACUUUCUGAACCAUUUGGAUCAGACCACCACCUGGCAAGACCCCCGUAAGACCCUCUUGCAGAUGAACCCGGCCCCCCCCAGCCCCCUACCUGUGCAACAGCAACAGCAGCAGCAGCAGCAGCAGGUCAUGGCCCCAGCCACUGGUCCUCUUCCUGAGGGCUGGGAACAGGCCAUCACUCCAGAGGGCGAGAUCUACUACAUCAACCACAAGAAUAAGACCACCUCUUGGUUGGACCCCAGACUGGAUGCGCGAUAUGCUAUGAACCCGCAGCGCCUCUCCCAGGGCACCCCGGUGAAGCAGGGCGGUCCGCUGCCCACCAGCCCCCAGGGUGGCACGCUGGGAGGCAACAGUCAGAUGCGUUUGCAGCAGCUCCAGAUGGAGAAGGAGCGACUGAGGCUCAAGCACCAGGAGCUGCUGAGGCAGAGACCCCAGGAACUGGCUCUGAGAAACCAGCUUCCCGUCAGCAUGGAGCAGGAUGGACCAGGCACCCAGAACCCCAUCUCUUCCCCGGGCAUGGCUCAGGAUGCCAGGACCAUGACCACCAACAGCUCCGACCCAUUCCUCAACAGUGGGACCUACCACUCCCGUGAUGAAAGCACAGACAGUGGCCUGAGUAUGAGCAGUUACAGUGUCCCCCGCACUCCGGACGACUUCCUCAACAGUGUGGAUGAGAUGGAGACGAAUGAUUCCCUGGGCCCUGCUUCCAUGGUGACACAGCCCAACCGUUUCCCUGACUACCUGGAUGCUAUGCCUGGCACAGACGUGGAUCUGGGCACGCUGGAGGGGGAGAGCAUGGCCGUAGAAGGUGAGGAGCUCAUGCCCAGCCUGCAGGAGGCGCUCAGCUCUGACAUCCUCAACGACAUGGAGUCUGUGCUGGCCGCUACCAAGAUUGACAAAGAGAGCUUCCUCACAUGGUUAUAGAGUCACCACGGGGACAACGCCGCCGCCGCCACUCUCUCUAUCUCUCGGAACUAAUGCCGAGUCAAUUCUGUGAAGGACGUCUAAGCGGCUUUCACAACAGAACAAAAAAAAUGAGACUUCAUUCUCUGGAUAAGUUUGUUAUUUCGUCAUUCAUCACACAUGGCCAAACUUGAGAUAUUGAGUUUAUAUUCCUAUGGUCUCUCGUUUUUCUUCUUUUCUAUAUUAUUUCGUUUUGUCUGUAUCCUCAAGGCUGGCCCAUGAACAGACAAUGAAAGGAGAAAUGUCCAAAUGUGUGUUUCAGUCCCGUGGGGCGGGGGGGGGGCUCGGCUUGCCUCCUCAGACGAUAGCAGAAACACAGUCAUGCAAAACACUUCAGAAAAUACAACCUCUCUCUCACACAGACACACACACACACACACACACACACACACACAAACACAAAUAUACACAUACAAACACACAAGACAGGAUAGCUAUACUAAAUAUCCUGUACUACCCUGUACUGUCUGCCAUCUCAUCUGAGAUUUUUUUGUAUUGUUAUUUCUUGAGAAACCAAAAGAUCUUUGUUGAUGAGAGGCAGAACUUCUGAAAGUUAAGUGGAGUGAGGUUGUGGUCAUGUUUGGCCAAAUCAUUUGAAUAACUCACACGAGGCAAUGGAGGAUGCAGUCUGUUCCCCUGUUUGGCAGUGCCAGCAAGGAGUUCAAUCCAAGUCAGUUGUCUUUUACUUUUUUGUAUUUCUGAGGAGAAUUCAGUACCAGAUUGCUGCAUUACUGUGUAAAGCAUUAUAUUGUUAUAUUUGUCGUAUUGAACAUCUACCAUGCAACUCCACUCUUUUACUACUAAUCAUUAUUUUCAAUAAUCAAAUAUACUUCCUUAAAGUUUUAUUAAAAUGUAUUUUGGGAAUUAGGGAUGUUAUAUUUUGAAAUGAAGCUUAGCCUCUAUAUAUCAGUCUUAUUUAAACCUAAUUUGCUGGGUUAUCUUUUUAGUACUGCUUUUAUCAGUUAUGGGCAUUGCGUAUAGAUCGAUGAGCUUUUCCGCCUUUACCGUCAACAACAAAAUAUAGUGUUUUUUUUUUAAUGAACAUAAUUCCCGUAAAAACAAUACUAAACAGAUCAAACUGACAAGUCUGCCAUCAACUCAUUUGGAUUUGAGUAAUUGUCCUAAUAUGCUUUAAAGAAAAAAAAAAGAAGAAAAAAAACAUGCUUUUCUGCCCUCAGCCUGUUGCUAAAAUGUCAUGUUAAUUACUAAUAUACUCCUCACAUGUCUAGAAAUGUCACUAUCCAUUAAAACACUACAGGACAAACAAGACAUUGCCAGACAAUGCAGAAGAUAUUGGAGAGCUUGUCUGAUAUGACCGCCUUGCAAGAGAAGUUUUAAGAAGAAGAUGGUUCUGAUAUGUUUAUGUUGGUUAGAGGAGCACGUCAUGAUGGUUAGUGGUGUAGAGUAGCAGUUAGCUGGAACUUGACUGGCCAUUGUGUUAAAGGAUCAUAGUAUAAACCAUUAGCUAUGACUUCUGUAAGAAUUUUUUUGUCCAAGCUUCCAAAGACUGUUUUUGUUUUGUGUAGUCAUAUCCUUAUGAACACCAGUGAACAAAUUAUUUUUCAUAUUCUUCACAGAAUACAUCGUACAUAAGCUAAUGAAAUGUCUAUGGCCUGGGUACAAACAAAUGGAGAUAUUGGUGCCUCUACAGCCCUUACCUGUCUUCCUAAGGUGGCUGUAGUUGAAUGAAGUGUAGAACAAGUUAUCGAUUAAUCCAGAGAUUCAAAAUGUAGUUUACAUUUGGAGCGUGAGAACACUACAGCAUCUGAUCACUGGUGACAGUAUCACAAAUGCUUCCUAUAUUCAGAGAAUAUGAGUAUUAUGAAAUGUCUGUUUACAUAGUGAUUUUACCCUUUGCAUUUAUUAAUUAUUUGUCUCAAUUAUGUGGGUGCAUAUUUGUGAUUAUUUGAACAGACAUGCAAACCAAUUAUACAGCUGCAAGAUUUACUCAGAUUUUUAUAUUAACUCACAAAGAACAGCAGCGUCAUUGUCUUGAGGUCAAAUGUUAGUGAUCCGGGGACAAAAAUGUUUUGCUAUAGAAAUGACAUUUGCUUCCUGUUUGCAGCUAUAGCAAAAUACAUUGUUGAUGGACAUCAGUGUUGGAAAGAACAAUGUAAUGGAAAGUGAUUUUUAUAAAUCAUUGGUACAGCGAUGAUAUUUUGUGCCUACAGAAAGUUAAAGUAAGAAAAGGUAUUUGUCACUGAAACAUGAUUUCAGUUCUUAGCUAGUAUGUAACUUCCAGAAUAUAGUAAUUAUGGACUAUUUUAGUGUAUUAAUCACUCAAGGUAAACAAUUUGUAUUGUAGAUGUUCCUAAAUGCACAUAAAAUUCAUAGACAUGAUCUCUUCAUUCUUUUUUAAUAGAUAUGUGUGCAUGUAUGGUAGGACCUUAAGUUCUGUUACACUCUUUAUAUAAUACGUUUAAAAUUGGCCUGGAAUAAAAUAUAUACUUUGUGUAA